AAAUGUCAAGUGUCACCCAACAAACAGCCUGAGUAAACAUACUCAAUUUUUUUUUAUUUUUAUUUUAUUUAUUAUUUUCUAUAUUUUUUUAAUAAACUGACUAAUAAAUUAACAAUCAACAAGUUAACUAAGUGUAAACAAGAAAUUACAAAUAUAUUGUGUAAAUUGAGAGUAUUAUGACAGCAAGACUUGACUAAUUCAACUAAAACAAAAAACAACAUCAUAUUUAAUAAUUUUAUUUAAAAAAAUUUUACAACAAGGAUCAACAAUGGAGCAUCAUGAGAGUCUAUUUCCCCACAUUUUAAUUGGUACAAUUUUUUAUUUAUUUGGCUUAAAAUGGUGCAGUGAAUAUGCAAAAUUUUGGAUGUUAUCAUAUAAACGUGAUUAUGAAGAUGAUUCACAAAAAUCAAAGAGUUUAUCACGUACAUGUCAACAGUUAUUUAUGGAUCAUCCAAUUGAAGGAUGUUUAAAAUUAUUAGCAACAGCAAUUGGUUUAAUUGGUACCGUUAUGGGAGAUUUAUCAGAUACUGAAGUUGUAUCACCAAAAGUAAUUCAUGCAACAAUAUAUUUAUUUUUUGCAUUUUCUGGUCUUGUUGAUGUAUUAACAUUUUAUUUUCCAAAAAAUAUACCAAUUGGUCUUGCUAAUCUUGCAUUAGCACAAAGUUUUUUUAUUGAAGGUUUUUUAUUUGUAUGGGCAAGUCCACAAUCAAAUGUUGCUAAUCAAAUAUUUGCUGGUAUUGUAUGGACAACGUCAAUUGGUGUUGCACUUGAAUUAGUAUGGCCAGAAUUAAAAUUACUCAGAGGUUUUACAACAAUUCUUCAAGGUGGAUGGAUAACUCAUAUGGUUAGAGUUAAUCAAAUUAAUAUAUUAACACCUGAAAGAAUUGCAUUGGCAUUUACAUGGCAUAUUGCUGGUGCAUUUGGUGUUACACUAUGUAUUGUUGCAAUAACAAGAUGUUUUAUGCCAAAAAAUGAUCAACCACCAGAAGUACCAGUUUAUGAUUAUUGUCUUGAUCAACCCAGUCAUGUUGUUUAAUUUAAUUUAGUCAUUUUAUUUAUUUUUUUUCUUUUUAAUAUUAAUAAUCAUAAUUUAAGAUUUAAAAAAUUCAAUGACUGAUUCUAAAUCAUGUUGACAUGAUUAAUUAUUUUUAUAAAAAGCAAAAUUUAAGAAAAAAAAAAACCAUGUCAAAACCAGUGCCAAAAAUAUUUUUUAUAACAAAUUUAUAAUACUCAAAAAAAAAAAAAAAAAAAAAUAUUUUUAAAUAGUUUUUUCAGUACUGUGCCUUAUUUGAAUAAAUAAUAAUUUUUUUUAUAUUAUAUUAAUUGUUAUUUAUUUAUAAAAAAACAAAUAAACAAAUUAAGAUUUACAAAAGUACUGAAUAUUGACAAAAGACUGCGCUGUCAAAUGUAUUUUCGUAGAAAACCGAGACGGCGGCGAGAGCCGCGAGACCCAGCCCCAUUUACACAUGAACACGUACAUCAUUGUUAUGUGUCAUACAACAAUUCACAUGUUUCUUUUAUAUUGUCAAUAAAGUGUAUUAAUUAUUGAAAAAAUACGUGAAUAAUUAAAAUUAAUUAUUACAAUAUUAUUAUUUUAAAAUAAUAUUUAAAAAAUUAAACAACAAUAAUG